UCUGAACACACGGACAGGACGCAGGACGCACGGAGGACGCGCGUAAAAGCAACCGAGCUGCUUCACUUCAACACUGAGGUUGUCCCUAGCAAAGUCUGGACUUUCGUUCGUUUUCUAUGCGUUGUCUUUGUUUUGAUCCGCAUGUACGGCGGUGUUUUACACUCUCAAGCGAAGCAGAGUGGGUUUCCUAUGAUGCUCGGAUAUCACAGGAGUGUUUGCUCCACGCUUUGGAUGGAUAAUGUGAGGAUUUGUGUCGUAAUUAACAAGGACGCUGCGUAAAACCCGAACAUCCCAGUGUGACAAGAAAAAUCUCAUUCCUCAUAGUGCGAAAUGGCUCCAUCAUUUGCACUGCUUCUCGUUGCUUUUUUGGGCUGGACUGAAUGUUCCUCUCUUUACUACUCAGACGGCCGGUCCAGCCGUCUCUCCCUGGAGAAAACCUUCGGUCGGUUGGUCAAAGACUCCCAGUGCCAACACAUGUUGAAGCACCUUCACAAUGGAGCCCGAAUCACAGUGCAGAUGCCUCCCAACGUAGACGGUCACUGGGUGUCCACCAGCUGUGAGGUGAGACCAGGCCCGGAGUUCCUGACGCGCUCCUACAGUUUCUACCCCAACAAUACCUUCCAGGCUCACCAGUUCUACUACGAGGACAACCACUGCACCAAACCCACCUACACUCUGGUGAUCCGGGGUCGUCUGCGCUUACGCCAGGCUUCCUGGAUCAUCCGCGGCGGCACAGAGGCGGAGUACCACCUCCACCGCGUCCAGAUGGUUUGUCACACAGCCACCGUGGCCAAAGAGCUCAGCCAGAGGCUCAACUGCAGCUGCAGAGGGGCCGUGAAGGGCCCCUGGGAACCCAGUGUGAUCUACGAGCUCUGGAGCGAGGAGGGCGGCUAUGACUGCUCCAGGGAGCUUAAUUUUGCCAUGCAUGAGCUGCAGCUGCUGAGGGUGGAGAAGCAAUACCUGCAUCACAACCUGGAUCACCUGGUGGAGGAGCUGUUUCUGGGAGACAUCCACACUGAGCCGUCCCAGAGGCUGUACUACAAGCCAUCCAGCUACCAGAGCGCCCUGCAGAAUGCCAAGAACCAUGAUCAUGGCUGCAUCGCCUGUCGUAUCAUCUUCCGCUCAGAUGAGUUCCACCCUCCCAUCCUGCCGCCACGGGCCGACCUGACUGUCGGGCUGUACGGUCAGUGGGUGAGCCAGCGCUGCGAAGUCCGCCCUGAGGUCCUCUUCCUCACCCGUCAUUUCAUCUUCCAUGACAAUAACCACACCUGGGAGGGCCACUACUACCACUACUCUGACCCCAUCUGUAAACACCCCACCUUCACCAUCUACGCCCGCGGACGCUACAGCCGAGGGCUUCACUCCACCCGCGUCAUGGGUGGGACAGACUUUGUCUUUAAAGUGAACCAUAUGAGAGUAACUCCCAUGGACGUAGCCACCACCUCCCUCCUCAACGUCUUCAAUGGUAACGAAUGUGGAGUGCAAGGGUCCUGGCAGGUCGGGGUGGAGCAGGAUGUCACCCAAACCAACGGCUGCGUGGCUCUGGGCAUCCGGCUCCCCCACACAGAGUAUGAGCUUUUCCGCAUGGAGCAGGACACUCACGGCCGCUACCUGCUCUACAACGCCCAGCGUCCCAGCGAUGGCUCCAGCCCGGACCGGCCAGAGAAGCGGGCCACUUCCUACCAGAUGCCCCUGGUGCAGUGUUCAGCAAGCAGCCAGUCCGACUACAGCAGAGUGGACGACAGCGACAGGCCUCUGCUGCACCACAAUGACUGCACAGGGUGGCACAGAGGCAGCCAAAAACACGUCACGGUGGCUCUUGUCGCAUUCGUCACAUCUCUGCUUCUCUGUUGGCAAAGCUAGAGAGCAGUUUGUGCUUUUUCUACAGAAAGACUCAACAAGACGAGUGUGGAUUACAUGAGCGGACAGGGAGACUGCCUGUUAAAAUAGCAGCUUUUGGAUGAAAACUGGUGCUCCUGAUCCUCUGAACCCAGCUACCAAAGACUCGAUACUGCUGCACCAAAGAAACUGCACUUUAGAGUGGAACUAAAGACCAACCUGUCUGUGUUUCCACAAAUAUACAAAGAUGUGUGUAUGUAUAUAUAUAUAUAUAUAUAUAUCCACAUAGACCUGAGAGUAUGUUUUAUACAGUGUAUUUACCUACAGCUAUCAAGUCAUUGUUUGGUACUGCAAAAAGACACGAUUUGAUGUGUGGAAACUUUUUCUACAAUGAACUCUUGACAAGAAGCUCCCUGUCUGGAGGAGAUGUGCUUGUGGAUAGUCACUGUUUACAGUAAAAGGGAACUACACUACUUAUUACAGUAUAGUCUUACAGUAUGGUGAACUCAGCUGCAGUUAUCCAUCAUCUUUUCCACAUGGAGAUCAUACUGUUUUGAAUACAAUAAAACUUAAUCGGCAGGUAGUUAUCUUCUCCUGUGCAACUUUUUCUGUCAUGCUCCCCAUCAGACGCCAAAAAAAAGUCACCCCUCCCCCUCUCUUGUUUUUCACGUCACUACAUAAAUCAUGUUCAUUCCACCCUCCCUGCAGUGGCUCUACGCCCCCCAGUUUCAGAACCACUGUUCUGAAGAGAAACAUUUUUAUUCCCUCACUGAUCAGAUAGCUGCAUCUUCACUGGCCGACGCUCGACCUUAUUUCCAUUGGGGCUAUUUUGAAAUUUUGUCAUGCUCAGACUAUUUCAUGGUAAAUAUCAAUACUCUCUGUAUUUGCAAUAAUCAAGUUAAUGCAAUGAAAUGUGUUCCACCAUUGUACAUGCACAAAAUACUUCACACGUGUAAAAUGUGUUCAUUUUUAUAAAUAAGCAGUAGAAGUUUUGCAAAACUGUACUACAACGUGAUCAUAUCAUCACAGUGUGAUUCUAUACAUAUCUAUAAAUGAAAAAAACUAAUUGUUGCCCAGUUUCACAUGCGAUUAUUAACUGUAACAUGGUUUGUUUAUAUAAAAUGGGUUUGUGUUUUCAAGACGCAAACUGAAACUGUCAUCACCUACAACUAUAAUAAUACAUACAUACAUUUGGGUCUGGUUGGGGGGCUAGUUGUAGCUUAACUCCAUGAUAAAAGAUAAUAUCAUUCAUUUUCAUAGUGAACUAUCUAGGCAGUCAGAGUAAGAAUUUACUGUUGGCUGAUCAUUUUUGUUGGGCUGACAGGAAAUGAAGAAAGGAUUUAACUUGCGGACAUCAAAUCAAACUGCGACUUCAAAGCUACUGCCACUUUCAAGCAGGAAAUCCCCCUAAGUUGUCGUUUAUUUUUCUUCCACAGUAAUUUUCUACGUCUCUGCUAUAAGCGUUGGAGCUUUAAAAAAUGUUGUAACAAUAAAUACUGAAGGUCUGAACAGGAAUUUAAGAUUUUCCGGUUAAUUGUUUCAGGCUUCUUUGAAUUCGAUGAACUUAGACCGCUGUUUUCAAAAAUUUGGAAAAGGGAGUUCUUCAUGAUUGGUUGGUUUUUUUUAAAUAGAACAAUUGGACAUUUAUGUAAUUGUAACAAAGGAUAGAUUCUGUUUACUAAGCACUGUAUAGUAUGUCACAUUACCUGUCUGGAUUGUGUAGCUCCUUUUCAAAAAGUCGUCCAGCAAGGAACCUGUGGAAUAACAUUAUAUAAUAACAAGAUGAGUGCUCUUUUCUCCUCAAGGUCGUUUCGAAGCUUGAGAAUGUAAUAAAUUCAAAAUACCUUCCAUGGGAUUAAGGCCAUCAGGUAUGGCACAGUAUCAGCACCCUUCAGUCCUCCACUUGAUCUUCAUUACAAUCUUUAUGAAGGUCCCUGCGAUGUCGUCAUCAGUCUGAAAAUGUCGUCCCUGCCAUCACCGCUCUGGAUCGUGGACCUGUUUGGGAACUUACCAGCAUGCUUCUCCCGUACCAGAACUUUCAAAUGGUUACAACAGAGAAAUUAUGAACUGUCACAGCAUACUCUUUCUGCAAUGGAAAAUCUAAAUGACAAUAAUUUCUUUUAGCCAGUUUGUCAUUGAUUAUGCAGAAUCUCUUUCCCAGAUUGCAUUAGACUCCAUCAACUGUCUAUAACUGGAUACAUGUAUAAGAUUAAAGGUUUGAUACUCUUUAACAUUUA